UUCUUCGUCGACCGUGCUGGUCAAAAGGUUUCACCUUGGCAUGAUAUACCUUUGCAAGUGGGUAAUGGUGUAUUCAACUUUGUGGUUGAAAUACCCAAAGAAUCGAGUGCAAAGAUGGAGCUUGCUACUGAUGAGCCACACACUCCGAUAAAGCAGGAUACAAAGAAAGGAAAACUUCGUUACUAUCCCUACAAUAUAAAUUGGAAUUAUGGAUUGCUUCCACAAACAUGGGAAGACCCAUCCCUUGCUAAUGGUGAAGUUGAAGGAGCAUUUGGGGAUAAUGAUCCAGUUGAUGUUGUUGAGAUAGGCGAAAGUCGGAGAAAGAUUGGCGAGGUUCUCAAAGUAAAGCCCUUGGCUGCAUUAGCUAUGAUUGAUGAAGGGGAACUUGACUGGAAAAUUGUUGCAAUUUCAUUGGAUGAUCCCAAAGCUUCUCUUGUCAAUGACAUUGAUGAUGUUGAGAAGCAUUUUCCGGGGACUCUCACUGCAAUAAGGGACUGGUUUAGAGACUACAAGAUCCCUGAUGGAAAGCCUGCUAACAAGUUUGGUCUUGGCAACAAAGCUGCAAACAAGGAUUAUGCUCUUAAGGUCAUAACCGAAACCAAUGAAUCAUGGGCUAAGCUUGUCAAGAGAUCAAUUCCUGCUGGAGAUCUGUCACUUGCAUAGAUGGCUGCUCGAAGUGAAACUCCGGGCAUUUAUUAUUUUGUACUUUUGGCGAUUCAUUAGAGAUUUUUCCUUUUGACCCCAAGUCUUCUGUAGUAUUUUGUAGCAUGAGUAAAAUAACAACUCGGUCUCCUUACUGGACAGUUGAUUAUAUUUCAUUAGCUGGUAACUACGCUUCUGCUGCAUGUAUGGGGUGUGAUUUCACCAAAAGGUACAUUUCGAAUCAGUUACUAUAGUCAAAUUGGCUUUGAAUGUGGAAGUAUUCCUGUUCUGUUACUGUUGCGAUGCUCGGAGAAUGCCGAACUGCUAGAAUUUUCGCCUUUGACUUUUGUCAUGAUUCUUGUGUUCCACCCUAAUUCUUUUUCUCCCCCCUCUUUGAUA